AUGAAGCUAUGGUUUGCAGAAGGAUUUAUUGAACAAGUUAAAGGGUCUACUCCAGAAGAUGUAGCAGAGAGAUAUCUUGAAGAACUCGUUUUCCGAAACAUGCUUCAAGUUGUAAGGAGGAAUGAAUUUGGAAGGCCAAAAGCAUUUAAGAUGCACGAUGUUAUGCGGGAUCUUGCUUUAUUAAUAUCAAAAAGUGAGAACUUUGGUGUUGUACAUAACGGAGGAGAAGAAAUGGCAGAAUGCAAAGCACGCCGCAUUUCAAUUCACACCAACAAAGAACUCGGAUCAUUUUCUGGUGUGUCAAAGCUUCGUUCUUUUCUUGUUUUUAACAAGUUGAAAACAUUACCUUCCGGAAUUAAAAUGCUAAGGGUCCUCGAUUUGGCAGGUGCUGAAAUUGAUGAAUUGCCUAAUAAAGUAGUCAAUUUAUUCAACUUAAGGUACUUGAAUUUAAAGGGAACUUCAGUUAAAGAGCUUCCAAAAUCUAUAUCCAGGCUCCUUAACCUUCAAUCCUUGGACAUCAGUGACACAAGGAUAAAGGCCCUUCCUCGCGAAAUAGGAAAGUUGAAGAACUUGCAAUAUCUAAUUAUGCAUAGCCACAAUAGAAAUUCAAAUGAUUUCAGAAUUGUUAAUGGGGUGCAAGUACCAUCAAAAAUUUGUAGGCUAACGAAUUUGCAAUCUGUCUCUGUUAUUGAAGCAAGAGAUGACUUGAUAAGACAGAUUCGAAGCAUGACCCAACUUACCAGCCUUGGUAUUUCAAAUGUGAAAGCAGCAGAUGAGAUGGAUUUGUGUGACUCAAUCCAAGGCAUGACACGACUUCGCCGCUUGUUAAUCAUGGUAACAAAUGAGGAGGAAACUCUUCGGAUGGAUGCACUCUCAUCUCCUCCUCGCAACCUUCUAUCUCUUGUUUUGGUAGGAAAAUUAGAGAAGGUGCCACAAUGGUUUUCUUCACUUCAAAACCUCACAUUUUUGUAUCUGCAUUGGUCGAGGUUGAAAGAAGAUGUACUCCCUCAGAUUGCUGCUUUGCCCAAUUUGGUACGUCUUUCAAUUAACAAUGCCUAUAGUGGAAAGCAAAUGGUUUUCCAUACAGGCUUUCCUAAGCUUACAAGUUUGACGAUUCGUAAUUUCCCUGAGUUGAAUGAGAUAAUAAUAAGAAGAGAGAGUGUGAUGCCAAAAGUGCAAUCGCUAUAUAUUGCUUACUGCAUGGAGUUGGAGACAGUGCCUAAGGGCAUUGAAUACCUUAAAAAUCUCCAAGAACUGAUUUUGGAGUCAGUCUCAAUGCAACUUAAAAAUUGCAUCUACUUGGGAGAAGGUAGUGUGGAUUUUGCAAAGGUGCAGCACAUCCCAAAGAUCCAUGUGAAGUAG